AUGCCGGGGCUGAUCCCGCUGCAGCACAUCUGUGGGGCCGGCUGGGCAUGGGGUGCAGCCCAGCGCCCGCAGCCUCAGCGGGGCCGAGCCCCGGCGCUCGCCCAGCGCCUGUUUCCCGCCGCAGGGCCGGUGCCGAACCCGCACCUCUGCGAGGGCUACGCGGGCGCCGACGGCCGCUACCACCCCGGCUUCUCCUGCCCGCGGCUGACAGACCCCGACAGCCACCGCUACUGCUGCCGGCCCGGCCCACUCAAGUCCUGCUGCUCACAGCUGGCCCUGGAGGCUCUCACCGGGGUCAACCUCUCCAGUCUGGCCGGGCCCGGCCUCCUCCGGAACCCGCUGGCCCUGCCCUUCGUGGGGCUCUACGGGCUGCUCAUCGUGCUCCUCAUGGCCCUCGACCUCUUCCACUUCUACCGGACGCGCCGCCGCCGCAUCAGCCGCCGCCUGCUUCCCUGCGCCCGCCGCCCGCCCCGCACCCGCGGGGGGCCCCCGCCGCCGGCCCCCGGCCGGGCCUGCUGA